GGGCUGGCAGCCAGGCCUGCGGCUGGAGCAUCUGCAGGCGCCGUGCGGUUCCAGGCCUCGGGGAUGCAGGGCUCCAGCCCCUGAGGGGCCCCUGGGGGCCCCCAGAGUCGCGAGAGGCCCGUUGUCUCCACGUGGGAGGACGCGGGCACAGCCGUCAGGACCCGUCCUUGUCCAGCGGCUGCUGAGGAGGAGCAUUGUCAAGGGCCCCAGAGGCACCUGGCAGCCCCCUGACAUUUCAGCCACUGGCGGAAGCCAUGUCGGGGCUUUGAGGUCAGAGUCCUUGGUUCAAAUCCGGAGCUGAUACUUAAAGGCUGUGUGAUCCUGGGCUGCUCACUCCCCCUCUCUGAGCCUCUGUUUGCAAAUCUGUGCAGUGAGGACUCGGAUCCUGCUGGGGCGUAGGUUCCAGGCUGCAAGCCCCUCUUCUCCCUCUCCAGGCCUCGGUUUCCCCAGCUAAACACAGGGUGCUCUCCAAGGGGCCUCCCAUACCCUCAGAGGCUUUCUUUGCAGGCUGAGAGCGGAAGGAGGUGUCCAGGCCACCCAGCCAGACAGUCAGGGUGGGCCUUGGAGGAGGUGGGAGAUGCAAGCAGGAGCUGGGCCAAGCAGGGCCAUGUGCAGACAGAAGGAAGGGCUCCCAGUCUCCCCAUGGGCUCUCACGCCCACGGGCUCUGAUAAGGCCCCUGUAUUUGGCCCUGGGUCCAGCCGUGGGGAGUAGGUUUGCUACAGCCUGCAAGGGGAGACACAGCGGCUGGGAGAGUGGCCACUGGCAACGCGGGCUGGCGGGGCGCACAGAGCAUGGAGGAAGAAGACUACAAUGCCUCCCUCGCCUACGGAGACGACUACCCUGAUGACUUUGACUCCCUUGUGGUCCUGGAGGAGCUCUCUCCCCUGGAGGCCAAGGUGGCCAGGAUCUGCCUGGUGGCGGUCUACAGCGUCGUCUGCUUCCUGGGAAUCCUGGGCAACGGCCUGGUGAUCGUCAUUGCCACCUUCAAGAUGAAGAAGACGGUGAACACGGUCUGGUUCCUCAACCUGGCCGUGGCGGACUUCCUGUUCAACGUCUUCCUGCCCAUCCACAUCGCCUACGCCGCCAUGGACUACCACUGGGUGUUCGGGACGGCCAUGUGCAAGAUCAGCAACUUCCUGCUCAUCCACAACAUGUACACCAGCGUCUUCCUGCUGACCGUCAUCAGCUUCGAUCGCUGCGUCUCCGUGCUCCUCCCCGUCUGGUCCCAGAACCACCGUAGCCCCCGGCUGGCCUACAUGGCCUGCGUGGUCAUCUGGGUUCUGGCUUUCUUCUUGAGUUCCCCGUCCCUUGUCUUCCGGGACACGGCCAACCUGCACGGGAAAAUAUCCUGCUUCAAUAACUUCAGCCUGUCCGCAGCCGGCCCUUCUUCCCCUUGGCCCGCUCACGCCCAGCUGGACGCUGUGGGGUACAGCAGGCACGUGGUGGUCACCGUCACCCGCUUCCUCUGCGGCUUCCUGGUCCCCGUGCUCGUCAUCACGGCCUGCUACCUCACCAUCGUCUGCAAGCUGCAGCGCAACCGCCUGGCCAAGAGCAAGAAGCCAUUCAAGAUCAUCGUGACCAUCAUCAUCACCUUCUUCCUCUGCUGGUGCCCCUACCACACGCUCUACCUGCUUGAGCUGCACCACACCGCCGUGCCCGGCUCCGUCUUCAGCCUGGGUGUGCCCCUGGCCACUGCCAUCGCCAUCGCCAACAGCUGCAUGAACCCCAUCCUGUACGUUUUCAUGGGGCAGGACUUCAAGAAGUUCAAGGUGACCCUCUUCUCCCGCCUGGUCAAUGCCCUCAGCGAAGACACCGGCCACUCCUCCUUCCCCAGCCACAGGAGCUUCACCAAGAUGUCGUCCGUGAACGAGAGGACGUCGAUGAACGAGAGGGAGACCAGCAUGCUUUGAGCCUCGCCCGGGGGGCGCCCACCUCCCCUCAUCCCCCAGGGACAGAAGACCAAGGCAAGAACCUCUUCAGCACCCUGAGUGCCCACUGCAUUUUUCCUGGGGGAGGGCGGUGUUUAGAACUGGGGAUCCAGGGCUUGGAUGGAACAGUGGGAGAGUCUGCCAUGACACAGCCUUGGACCCGCAACCGGUGCUUCUUGGGAGACCUGCCUUGACCAACUCAAAGCCAACGGAAGGAUGCGUUCUGAAAAAAGGAGCUGUCAGGACUUCGACCGGGGUGGGCAAGAGGCAGGUGGAUUUAGCUCCCUACUGUGUGUGCCCCAGAGAUGACUCAAACGACCUCCGAGGUCCAUUCCUGGUGUGGGCAGGGAGGUCAGAGGAAGCCCAGUGCCAGGCCAAUCCCACCUUGCCCACCUCCACGGAUGUCAGCCAUCGUCAAUCAUUAGCCAGAAGUCCCGCCCCUCGAGGCCUUCCUCUGGGUGGAAAUGCACAGGUUGCCUGGGAGAGGAAGGUGGCACAAUUUAACCCUUGAACUCCUGGGACUAUGGCUUCCAUGUGGGCCCUUUGCAAGUUCCCGGCACGGGGGUCAGUGAGGGCUGCGGGCCUCGGAGAAGGAAUGGGACAGGAGGGGCAAAGACCCCUUCGAAGGAGGCAGACGUGGAGCAGCUGGGGCGAUGGUGCUUUCAACUGCAGGAUUUUAGGGGUGUGGGGGUGCCAGCCCCCAGCCCUAGCCCCUGCUCUCACCCAGCAUUUGUUACCUGGCAGUGGGGCCAUGGUGGGGGGGUGCACCUGCAGCUCCCGCCCUCUUGCUGGGAUUCUUCCCUCCUCCUCUAAUCCACUCAGCUUGCAGCAUCACCCUUCGGGGUGGGGGCAGGAGGGGUGGGACUGGAGACUGGUCCCACGUGCAGCUUCAGGGAGCAACCUCGGCGGCCUCCCAGGCAGAGGAGGAGGUCCCAGGACUCAGCACGGCAUUCCGAGCAGAGCCUGCGGCGACUCCGGGAAUGGUGGCUCCUGCAAUGCAGACCGCAGACACGGCCUGUGUGCACCUGCGUGGCACCACUGUCCUCACCCGGCACCGGCACCUGCCGAGGGUGUCACUGCCGAGGCCCAGCCGGGGCGGGGAGGAAAGUUGCCCAGCAUCCCACACAGCUGGUCAGUGGCAGAGACCAGAUCCAGCCCUGGCUCUGUCUGGCUACAUUCUUCUAUGGAGAAUUUUCUAGACUGGAGAGUGACAGCACUUUCUAUGUUAAGCACUUUACACGUGUUAUCUCAUUUAUUCCUCCCAGCAACCCCCCGUUAGGUACAAGUCUCACUCCCCUUUUACUGACAAGGAACCCGGGGCUCAGAGAGGCUAAGUAACUUACCCAGAAGCGCCCAGCUGGUCUCUGCCAGAGCCCAGAUUUGAGUCUCCGUCUGCCAGGCAGCGUCAGGAAGGAAACUGGGGAGACCGGGGCUUAGUCUGAAGCAGAUGAACGUGGCCUCUAAGAAGCUUUGUGAAUUGUUUCCAGAAGACCUGACAUGGGCAGCCCGCAAACAGCUCCACCUCCUGCACCUGCUGAGAGCAGGCUGGGGCAGGGGGCCUGGCGGGAGGCAGCCCCUGUGUGCCCUCGGCCCCGUGGUCUCAACGCGCCCACACCCUGGUCUCUACCCGUGAAGCCACUUCUCCAGCGAGACGCAGGGAGCAUCGGUCACGGAGGCCCGGCGCUGGGCUCCUGGACUCACAUCUUGUGAAGACACAGCUGUUCCUCUGUCCUUGGCUCUGGAUGCACCUGACGAGGUGGCUCUGAAGUGACCCCACACUGAGGCCUCCGGCUGCCUCCCGGGAUCUGAACUUGGAAUAGCCCCGGGACCCAGCGUCCCCUGUCAUCGCCAUCCCCAAGUUUCCUGAUGCAGCAGCCGAGGCCCGGACAGCGUGGGCUUUGUCCCAGGUCCCAGCGCAGUCCGCAGAGGCGCACGUCCUCCCAGGCCCUGGGGUGGGGCUCUGCCUGGCCAGCCUGAGGGAGCCAGGAAUCUUGUUAUCAGCAGAAGCGAACGUCAGGCCGGCUGUUUUCCCCCUCGGAGCCAGGCCUGGCUGGUUCUGGCCGCCCCGGGUCUUCCCGGUCUGAGUGUAGCUUCCUGUCCAGUACAUAAACGUAACCAUGACCUCCACUUUGCUCUCGACCCCACUGCUGCCUGUGCGCGUCUCCACGGGGUGCGCCCCAGAGUUCAUUGCAGGGAAGAAUUAAAAGGCAGGUUUGUUUGGCUGCAAAUCCAUUUUGAAAGCCACACAUAGUUUUUUCAUAAUAUGCAUUUCCAUGACUUUUUAUUUUUUGAAGCCUUGCAUGGAUUUCAAACAUUUUCCCAGUAAGACAAGCUUAUCUUUUUUAAAGCCAUUUAUUUAUUUAUUUGAAAGGCAGAGUUACAGAGAGAGAGAGAGAGAGAGUCUUCCAUCCACUGGUUCACUCCCCAGUUGGCCUCAAUGGCCAGAGCUGCACUGAUCUGAUGCCAGGAGCCAGGAGCUUCUUCUGGUCUCCCACGUGGGUGCAGGGACCCAAGGACUUGGGCAUCUUCCACUGCUUUCCCAGGCCAUAGCAGAGAGCUGGACCAGAAGUGGAGCAGCUGGGACUCAAAACAGUGCCCAUAUGGGAUGCCAGCACUGCAGGUGGCAGCUUUACCUGCUACGCCACUGUGUCAGCCUCAAGCUUAUCUCUUAAUCCCAUUUCCCCACAAACCUUUCAAAGCACCCUGGCACAUAACCUGCAGUUUUCAAGAAGUCCACAGGGAGCAGCCUGCCCAGCGCCCCAGAGCCUGCCCAGACCCAGGACCCAGGCAUGGGGCCACAGCGCCGCCUCCUGGACAGGUGGAUCAGAGGCAGAGGGGCAGGAGGAGAAGACGUUGGGGGCAGGGGCACCAAGGGGGAGGACAUGAUGGCGAGGGAAAGGCACCCGUCUUCCACCAAGCAUCCAGUGUGCAUCAGACACAAACCUCCAAAGCCCAGGUUGGCCCUCUGGGAAGAGGCCUGGCCUACCCAUGUGGGUGACACGGGGAGUGGGGUCCCAGGACAACCCUCCCCCACCUUGCACAGGUGGCUACGUGAUGAACCAGGUCUACUGCCUGGGCUGCGUUUGUUCAGUAUCAGGAAGGAAGGAAGGAGGGGGAGGGGGAGGAGGAGAGAGUGGAGAAGAGGGAGGGGGAGGGGGAGAAAAGGGGAGGAGGAGAGAGGAGGGGGAGGGGGAGAGACAUCCAACCAUCCAUCCACCCACCCAUCCACAUAACCACCCUUACAUCCACCAAUUCACCUGUUCCAUAACAAGCGUAUUUGGUUUCUUCUGUUGGCCAGGUCCUGUAGGCAGUGGGAUCCAGGGGUGACCAAGAUACACCCAGUCUCUGUGCUCAUGAGCUUCCUCUCUGCCAGUGGGAGAGACCACCAGUAAUCCAAAUAUGCACAGCCCCAGUGGAAAGCAGCCCCUGCAGGUGCCACCCACACGUCAGAGAGGGGCCAAGGCCACGUCCCUGGGGAGGGACACUUCAUUUGCGAAGGGGAGGAGGGGCGGGCAUUGCUUUGGUGGGGAGGUGCGGGGUUGGGGGGGGUGGUCUAGGUGGACGAGGCAGCAGGAGCAGUGGCGCUGGUGUGGGAGGGAACAGUGAUCGCCAGGGACUGAAAGGGGGGUGGGGGCUGCAGCCGACGGCGGGGGAGGGGGUGAACGUAGCACCAGGUGCUGGGCAGGGGCCCACUGAAACCUGCAUGAUGUCCCGGGCUGUUCUGCAAGGGACACAGCGGAGGGAGUGGGGCGGGGGCCUGCUGCAGCUUUCCUGGGCCAUGGUGCUGGAACUGGGGAAGCUCAGGUAGCAGGAAGAGGACUCGCGGAGAGAGAUUCAAACGUGGCCCAAGCUUUCUCAGGGGAGCCGUUAAACCAACCCUGGGCCCAUUGCUGCUACACAGAGGCCUCCGCGUGUAGCUUUAUUGGUGGAAAUUAAUUGUAAAUAUUAUUCAAAUUUCCCUCCCAAUGCACAAUUAUAUCCCCCUGGGGAGCCCUGUGAGUGUAUAAGGAAGCCAUAUAAAUAAUGCACAUAUUAACCUCCGAGGCUCAUUAUGGCUGUAACCGGGGGCCCUGGAUUGUGGAAAUUUAUGCAGAUGGCACUGCAAGAACGCGGACAGACAUGGGCUUUAACCUUGGAAGUCACCUGAGGUCUGUCCUGGAGGAGCUUCCAGAAGUUUCUCCCCUGGGACACGGGGCUAGCCCCACCCACGUCACCCCAGAAGCCCUUUUUCCCAGGGGUCCAGACACUGCUGGAGAUGCCUGGGAACCAGGCAGGUGGGGCCUCGGAGCGCUGGCCAGGGGAGGAGGGAGCACCUCCCUCCACAGAACGCCCACCUGGUACGCAAAGCUCCCACCGACUGCAGGGGCAGCUAAGGCAAAUCGCCCACCCACGCUUGGGGUGCACAAUUUAGUUGCGCUGUCUCGGGGAAUCCGUUCAAUGGUUGCAGGGCCUGCUGCUAUUUCCUGUACAGCAGAGGAAGCUGGGGCUCAGAGAGCUGAGUGACUUGCCCAAGGACACACAGCUACAAAGUGAUGGAACUGAGACUCAAAGCCCAGUCUGCCAAUCUCCAGAGCUCUCGCUGUAACUGUGACAGUGCCCUCUGGAAAGACUCAUCCCUGGAGGGGGUAGAAGGAGCUACGCUCUCUCUCUUCCAGCAUCAGGUUUUGAAAAGGUGGGGGUGGGGAGCGGGGGGGGGGUUGGUGGAUUGCUCUUCCCUCUGGAGGUGUCUGGGAGAACUUGUCCCUUCCGUACGGAUUUUUGAGUUUGGAAAAAUACUCUGCUCCUCCCUGUGCCCCCAUUUCACAGAUGAUGAAACUGAGAACCGCUGGUUAGCAAGACUGGGGCCUCCUGCCUCCCCGCUGGGGGGAAAAGGGCUGUGGAAGUGCUUGUGGGCAUCACUUUACAGCAUCAACCGCCAGGCCCAGAGACCCGGCAUUCACCAACUGCCCUCCUCACCGCUUCGUUAACCAGGGCUGUGGCGCUGAUCUGCUCUGCAGGACCCCUGCCCAGGGCCUGGGGGCUCCCGGGAGAAUGCUGGCUGAAGGGGAGGAAGAGGCCUGGGCAGCUCCAGGAAGGGGGCCUGCUGUGUGUGGGACCUAAGUGUGCUUUCCUUUCCACUGUCCUGGCUGUGGGAGAGGGCGUCUCCAUGUUGGCCAGGCACUGGCUGCGUGGGUGCCCUCAGAUGGAGCGCUGGGCCCAACAGGUGCAGCUGCUGCCUGCAGUGCCAGCAUCCUCCAUCAGCAUUGGUUUGAGUCCUGCCUGCUCUGCUGCUUCUUUCUCUUUCUUUAUUUCUUUUUUAAUUUAUUUGAGAGGCAGAAUUACAGACAGAGAGAGGGAGAGACAGAGAGAGAUCCUCCAUCUGCUGGUUCACUCCCCAAAUGGCCACAACAGCUGGAGCUGAGCUGAUCCAGAGCCAGGAGCCUGGAGCUUCUUCCAGGUCUCCCACGUGGGUGCAGGGGUCCAAGCACUUGGGCCAACUUCUACUGCUUUCCCAGGCCACAGCAGAGAGCUGGGUUGGAAGUGGAGCAGCUGGGACUUGAACCACUGCUAUAUGAGAUGCCGGCACUGCAGGUGGAGGCUUAGCCCACUGUGCCACAGCACCAGCCCCUGCUCUACUUCUGAUCCCGCUCCCUGCUAAUGUGGCUGGGAAAGCAGGAGAAGAUGGCCCACGUGCUUGGGCCCCUGCACCCACAGGGAGAUCCGGAUAGAGUUCCUGGCUCCUGGCUUCUGCCUGGCCCAGGGCUGACUCUUGGUAUUUGAGGAGUGAACGCAUGGAUGGAAAAUCCUUCUCCCUCUGUAUCUCUCCCCCUACCCUCUUUCUGAGUUUCAAAUAAAUAAAGUAAGUCUUUUUUCUUAAAGCAAAACCCUGUUGAUCUGCACAUCCCAUAUGAGUGCACUUCCCUGCAAUAAAUCUCGCAUUAAUAGGGCUCCUUUAAAAAAUGGCGCCCACAGGAACGAGUUGGCAGCUGGCAGCAGGAGAGAAUGCAUUCUGGGGGCUUCUUUGUAAUUAAGAGAGCAGUUCUGAGGGGGUGGUCUCACAGGGCCUGGCUAAAGAGGCAGAGUUCCAGGAAGCGCUGAGCCCCCGCCCCACGCCCUGAUGCGGAGCAGCUCUAUCUGUGGUUAUGGCCUGGGGUCGCGGGGGUUAGGGUUAGGGUUGGUCUAGGGCAAGGUAUUCAACACCUCUAAAGCCUCAUCAGUAAAAUGCUUUCCAGUUUAAUGAAUUAACUUUACUUGAGAGAGAGAGAUCUCCCAUCUGCUGGUUCACUCCCGAAAUGCUUGCAACAGCUGGGGCUGGGAGCCACGAGCUCCAUCCAGGGCUCCCACGUGGGUGCAGGGACCCAACCACUUAAGCCAUCACCGCUGCCUCCCAGGGUGCACACCAGCAGGAAGCUGGACUUGGGGGGCUCAGACCCAGGCGCUCUGGUGCGCGAUGAGGGUGUCCCAGGCAGCGUCUUCAGGGCUGUGCCGGAGCCCUGCCCGGGUAGAGCGGGUUUCACUGGAGAGUGCAGCCUCCGGGGUGCUGGGAAGGAUGAACGAGACGCCGUGGGGUAGCGUGCAGUCCCCUUUGUCUGCACACGCAGCAGCCUCCACGCUGGUCUCCCUUUCAGCUUUGCCCCCAUGGUUCCCUCACCGCGCUGCGGCCAGAGGGAGUGCCCACCUAGACCAUCACCCCUGCCCCGCCCACAGAGCCCUACAGGUCUGGACGGGGGCGGGGGGGGGCUCCUUCCCCUUCUUUAUCCCGUGCCAUUCUCCAGCCAGGCGGCCCUUCUGGUCUCCCCAAAACAAAACAGCAGCAGCACCCCCCACCCAGCCCGGGUCUGCUGCAGGCUUCGCACUUGCUGGCCCUGGGCCAUGCUGCCUCCGCUCCCCGAGGCUGCCUCCUCCACCGGCUUCCGGUCCCUGCUCAGACGUUGCCCACUCAGAGGCCUUUCGAAGCUGAACCUACCCGGUCCCUGUCUCUCAGAGCCCCACACUUGCUGCCAUCUGAGAUCACUGUGUUGAUGUAUGUGGCUGCUCCCUGGAGUCUGUGGCCUCCUGCGUGGUGAGCUCUGUCAGGGCAGGUCCCUGUUCCGUCUUGUCCACAGCGAUGUCCCUCAGCAUCGCAAGCAGAGCUCGGCACAGAAAAGCUGCUCAAAAUGCUUUUGUAAAACGAAGAGAGAAAUAACAACAAGCUGCCUUUAUUUUGAUCACCAUCACCAUCAUCACCUUCAUCACCAUCAUCCUCAUCACCUUCAUCACCAUCACCAUCAUCACCUUCAUCACCAUCACCAUCAUCACCUUCAUCACCAUCACCGUCAUCCUCAUCACCUUCAUCACCAUCACCAUCAUCACCUUCAUCACCAUCACCAUCAUCCUCAUCACCUUCAUCACCAUCACCAUCAUCACCUUCAUCACCUUCACCAUCAUCACCUUCAUCACCUUCACCGUCAUCCUCAUCAACCUCCAGGAUGAUGUCUAUUCAGACACUGCUCUUCCAAGGUGCUGUCAUAUUUCUUUCUCUCUCAGUGAAACUCGGGGGAGGCCAAGAUUGUCCCCCAUUUCACAGACCUGGAAACUGAGACCCCAGGCCACUUAGUCUGGAAGCAAUGAGGGCUUGUCCCUCCCACAGCCUCUCCCUCCCCACUUCUCCCCCCCCAGCCCCGCCUGAUUUAUUGCAGCCCAGAAAGAGAGGACUCAGACCCCGCCCCCACUCCUAUUGUUUUGUAAACCUUUUCCGGGCCAGGACUCCACGAAGGCUUUGGCUGGUAUCAUUGUGACCACAAACUUCCUGUGUUUAUGCCUCCUCUUGGGAAUCGUAAGUGAACCAAUCAGCUGGGCACGGGCGCUGUGCUGGGCACCCGGCAACGCUGUGACGCCAAGCUCGGCCAGACACUCAGGAGUAGCCCCAUGCCCGGGCGGCGGGGACCCAUGCACCUGCCCUCGCCUGCUGCCUCCCGGGGCCUGCAGCAUCAGCAGGAGGCUGAACUGGAAGCAGAGCUGGGGUCGAGCCCAGGCUCCCUGAUACAGGAUACCGGCUCCCCAGGUGCUGUCUCAACCGCUGUGCCAGGGCCCCCCCCGCCCCCGCGUUCUGCACCACUGCUAUUCCUGUAACCGGUCACUGAGUGUUUUCUCCAUGCAGCCGUGGUUGGGGGAGACCCAGCAGAAGCACCACGGUGCAUCUCAGCCAGCCCUUGUGACGGCCACUUAGUUUGCUUCCUUUCUAGAACAUGGUACUCUUGUCACCACGAUCGUGAGUCCUCCAUGGGUCCCCCUUGGGCAGAGCGGAGCUGCCGACGGCAGGUGCAAGCCCUGGGAAGCUGGCAGACCUAACUCGCCUGCGCUUCCAGCCCUGCCCCACCCUUGAAGCACAGGAAAGAGCCCUCUGGAAGCUUCGAGAAGAGGCUGGGCAGCUGGGGAGAGAGGGCACGGGGUGGGCAGAGCCCAUGGGCUCCAACUCAGCCGUCCGGCCGCUCUGGGCAGCCAGCUUCCACUGCGAGCUUCGUUUGCUCCACCGGGAGCAAACGAGUGUCCCAGAAACACCUGGCGGGGCCGUGUGCAGAGCUCACAGAGCUCCUGGGAGAUGGCCUGUGCUUAAAACCCAAGCAGCUCUCGCGUUUUAUUCUUUUUUUUUUAACUGAAACUACAAGACUGUAUUUGCUUUGCUGUCUCUGGGGCCAUGCCUAAUCCAGGCCAUUGAUUCCGGAGGCUGCACGCAUCUGCCUAAAGUAUGUAUUGGGGUUGCCUGUUUAACGCUUGCUUGUUGGAGUGUGCGAAGAAAAUGAAUUUCUCUGUCUGUAGCUGGUCGGGUCCUUUUUAUACCCUUCCCACACCCCCUCCCCCAGCACACAGGGACAUGAGAAAAAAAAAACAGGCAGGCAGUUGGCGUGCCAGUUAAGGUGCCAGCUGGGACAUCUGCCACCGUCCCAAGAUGCUGGUCUGGGUCCCAGCUCCGCUCUCCACUCCAGCUUCUGCCCAUGUGCAUCCUGGGAAGCUCCAGGCGAUGGCUCGCGUCCUUGGGUCCCUGAUACCCAUGCUGGAGUCUCGGAUGGUGUCCCAGGCUCCUGGCUUGGCCCGGCCCAGCCCCGGCUGCUGUAGGCGUUUAGGAAGUGAAUCAGUGGAUGGAAUUUGCAUGUGUCACUUUGCCUUUCAAAUACAUAAAAAUACAAUAAAUGAAAACUUUUAAAAAUGAAAGAACAAAGAAUUGAGCUUUGCCCUGGUUGUUGUAGGGUGUCCCCGUAUCCCUGGACGCUGAUGUGCGAACCUCGUGCCUCCUGAUAGAGCCCUCUUUGGAGACAGGGUCUCCGCAGAGACCAGCAAGUUAGAGUGAGGGCCUCAGUGGGCCAUGUGGGCCAGGAUCUGGCACAACUGGUGUUCUUCUUCUUUUCUUUUUAAAGACUUAUUUAUUUAUUUGAAAGUCAGAGUUACACACAGAGAGAAGGAGAGGCAGAGAGAGAGAGAGAGAGAGAGAGAGAGAGGGCUCCCAUCCGCUGGUUCACUCCCCAGUUGGCCACAACAGCUGGAGCUGCACUAAUCCAAAGCCAGGAGCCAGCAGCUUCUUCUGGGUCUCCCACGUGGGUGCAGGGGACCAAGGACCAUGCACUUUUACUGCUUUCCCAGGCCAUAGCAGGGAGCUGGAUUGGAAGUGGAGUAGCCGGGACUUGAACUGGCGCCCAUAUGUGAUGCCGGCACUGCAGGCUGCGGCUUUACCAGCUAUGCCACAGCGCCAGCCCCAGCUGGUGUUCUUGUGACAGGAGAGAGGUGGCCACAGAGAUCAGGUGCAGUCACAGGGAGAGACAGCCAUCUCUCAGGGGCCCCCAAAAAGUUCAUGGAAACUGGAAUUAAAAGAGAAGUUCCUGGCUCCUGGCUUCAGCCUGGCCCAGCCCUGGCUGUUGCAGCCAUCCAGGGAGCGAAGCAGCAGAUGGAAGAUUCUCUCUCUCUCUCUCUCUCACACACACACCCUUUCCAGUAAAUAAAUUUUAAAAAUUUAAAUCUAGGGGUCGGCUCUUGGUGGGUCAGGCGGUUAAGCCACUGUCUGUGGUGCUGGCAUCCCAGAUGGGCUCCACUUCGAGUCCCAGCUGCUCCACUUCCCAUCCAGCUCCGAGCUGAUGGCCUGGGAAAGCAGUGGAGGAUGCUGACUUCCCCCCAGACACACAGACUCUCGGGGCCAACUGGACAAAGAGAGUGUCCCGGGAGCCCUCCGCUGGAGCCCCCUCACCGCUUCCGGGACAUCGGGACAUCGUCCAGAAGUUAUUUUUGGAUUCUGCUUACUAUUCCAGGCAGCCUUUGUGUCUUAGUCUCUUUUGUGUUUUUGCACCGAAAUACCUGGGCCUGGGUGCUGUGGUUUGGGCCAGGACUGGGCUUCUCAGCUCAUGCAGAGAUGAACCCCAAAAUGCAUCAGUUCGUGGCCCUGGGGAGGAGGUGGCCUGGUGGGAGGCGCACAGGUCACUGGGCGAGGGCCCUUGGAAUGUGUUCUCAGAGCAGUGCUGCUGGGCAGCAGAGACACCGGCGGGCUCCCCAGGCACCUCCCCCCCCAUUUCCUGGCUCAUCAUACACCUCUUGCCCCCCUACCCCGCGGCCACAGCCAGCCUCUCCGGGCAGCAGGACCCGUGGGGCCAGCUCCAGGGCGAUAACCAAAUUCAGCCUCCUUCUUUCCCAACGCCUCACCUUCCGUCUUCAGUUAGAGUGAUGCGAAGCCAGUUGGUUUCUAGAUCACAGACGUCCAUCUCCUGUCGUCUGGAGGCUGGGAGGCCAAGCAGGAGGCAGUGGCAGGACUGGCGUCCGGCGGCUGCUCCCUGCCCCCUGGGGAGCCAGUGCUGUCCGUGAGGGCGGGGUCCCCGUGGCCCCCCACCUCCCACGGGCCCCGCCUCUUCAUGCUGCGGUCCCAGGCCUGAAGUUCCAGCACGCGUUUUGGAAGGGACACCGGUAUUCCGACCAUGGCCUUCGGAACCUUAAACACGGGCAAGCGAAAGUCACAGAGCUCCCUCUUGAGAUCCUCAUCGUCAGCCGUGUCCCCACCGUUCACAGAGGAGGGAAUGGAGGCUCCGAGAGGGGGCGUCGCUUGCCCCAGGCCGCCCAGCUGGGGAAUGGCCGGGGUGGGGGCAGCCCGGCUUUGUCUGGCUGCCCCGUGGUGCCGCCCGGCUCAGGCUCCCGAGGGCUUGCACCUGCGCUCUCUGCGCUCUGUGGCAUUGACUACCGGAUGUCUGAGAACCCGGGGCUGGUCCAGGGCCAGGGUUCGGGAAGCUCCGUGGACAGGAGGCUGCUUCCUGCCAGCCCUGGAGGUUUCUCGCGUCUUUGUAACAGCAACGCUGGGCACCUGCUUCUAACUUCCUGUGUCUCCCGGCUCUGAGCUUGCCAGGAAGGAAAACCUCACCCAGGCCCUUGGGAGAUGACGGAAGCAGACACGUGGGCUGCUCCCUGUGUUCUGGGGCGGGGGUGGGGGGAAGGGGCAUCCUUGGCAGUGGGAACACACAGAAUAACUUGCCUGCUCUUACCCCAUUCCAAAGGCUUAGUAGGACGGGAGUGAUGAGCCUUAUUUUCAUUUCUUCUUCUUCUUUUUUUUUUUUUAAAGAUUUUAUGUAUUUAUUUGAGAGGUAGAGUUGCAGACAGAGAGAGGGAAACAGAGAGAGAGGUCUUCCAUCUGCUGGUUCGCUUUCCAAAUGGCUGCAAUAGCGGGAGCUGGGCCAAUCCAAAGCCAGGAGCCAGGAGCCUCCUCCCAGUCUCCCACCUGGUUGCAGGGACCCAAGCACUUGGGCCAUCCUCCACUGCUUUCCCAGACGCAUUAGCAUGGAGCUGGAUCAGAAGUGGAGCAGCCAGGACUCAAACCUGAGUCCGUACGGGAUACCAGCACCACAGGCCAGGGCUUUUAACCCAUUGUGCCACAGUGCCAACCCCUCAUUUAUUCUUAAUUUGAGAGAGAGAAGGCAUGGAGAAUGUCCCCUACCUGCCAUUGGGUUCGCUCCCCAAAUGCCUGCCAUGGCUGGGCUGGGCCAAGGCUGAAGUUAGGAGCCAGGAGCUCAACCCAGUCUCCCACAUGGGCCACAGGGAUGCUGUCACCUGGGCCAUCACUUGCCGCCCCCAGGCUCUGCCUUGGUCAGAAGCUGGAAUCAGGAGCUGGCGCUGGGAAUGGAACUCAGGCACAGUGAUGUGGGAUGUGGGCGUCUUAGCCAGUGUCCUAACUACCAGGCCUUUAAAAAAUUAGAGAGAGAGAGAGAGAGAGAGAGAGAGAGAGAUAUCUUCUAUUUGCUGGCUCACUUCCCAAAUGCCCACAAUGAUCAAGACUGGGCUGGGUUGAAGGCAGGAACCAGAAACUCCAUCCAGGGCUCCCAUAUGGGUGACAGGCGCCCAAGUACUGGAGCCCUAACCUGCUGCUCCCAGCUGCACUGGACGGAGAGCUGGGGCUCAAACCCAGGGCCCCUGAUACAGGACGUGGGCGUCCCACGCCGUGUUCCCCUCUGAGAGAACGCCCGCCACCAGGUAUUCCUGAAACUCGUCACUCCAACCCUCGCCAGACCCCGAGGCUGUGCCCACCUCACAGAUGUGGAGACUUGGGGGUGUGCAUUCCCACUGCAGCUUCUCGGGACCCCUUCAGAGCUGACCCCCCCCCUGCCCCCGGCAUCCCAGGCAGACAGUAAAAUCCUGCUUUGGCCACUUCCUAGUCAGGUGACGUCUGAACAAGUUGCUUCAUCUCUCUGAACCUCAAUUCUUUCAUCUGUAAAAUGGGCCCAAAGCAGCCACCUGGCAGAGCUGGAGCUGUAACUGAAAUGAGACAACAGAGACCCGCUGUGCAGACACUCAGGGCCUCCUUUGGCUUUCCACCCCACCCCACCACUCCCAGGGAGCACUGGAGAGGAGCCAGGCCACGAGAGGAGGCCACGGCAGGUGUCUCCUCUCUCCCUGAAAAGCCCUGCCCUCUCUCCUCCCUCCGUUCUGUUCUACCCUCGUGGAGCUCACGUUCCAGCAGCUGCAUUUAAUUGGAUUUCGCUUAAUAGUUUUAUUGAUGCCUCUUGGUUCAGGGUGUGUGCAGGCCUCUGGGUAAUUUGCACAUUUUUAACAAACCAAAUAAAGAACUGAUAAGCGUAAACAA